GCCUUGAGAGGAGAGAGGAGGGAAACGUGUCACCAGCCCGGCUCGGGGAGCUCCGCGGCCGCGGCGUUUGUGAACCCGCGCUGGGGGACCCGAGGCCAGACGGGACCCCGCGGAGGCCAGCGCUGCGCAGGGAGGGAGGAGGAAGAGCUGGGCAGAGCGCGGCGGGAGAGCCAUCCAGGUCCCUCGUUGCUCUUUGGUGUGGGCUAAGUUUGUGGUUUUAAGAAAGCCUGAGGGCCGGAAGGCAGCCCCGGAAGAAGCCCCUGCCCGUGGGCUGUUGGAACCUUGUGGUGCAGAGGAGAAGCCAUCCCCUCCUCCGGACUUAUGACCCGUGGCUUCGCGCCCAGUGUGCCCACUGCGUUCCACGAGAUGGGCUCCUUCCGCAGGCCCCGGCCACGCUUCAUGAGCUCCCCGGUGCUCAGCGAUCUGCCCCGCUUCCAAGCCACGCGGCAGGCCCUGCAGCUGAGCUCCAGCUCGGCCUGGAACAGUGUGCAGACUGCCGUGAUCAACGUCUUCAAAGGGGGUGGCUUGCAAAGCAACGAACUCUAUGCACUGAACGAAAACAUCAGGAGGCUGCUGAAGAGUGAACUUGGAUCAUUCAUUACAGACUAUUUCCAGAAUCAGCUUCUUGCCAAAGGCCUGUUGUUUGUGGAGGAGAAGAUUAAGCUGUGUGAAGGUGAAAAUCGCAUUGAGGUUCUGGCUGAAGUGUGGGACCACUUCUUCACUGAGACUCUCCCCACCCUGCAGGCAAUAUUUUAUCCAGUUCAGGGCCAGGAGCUGACCAUCCGCCAGAUCUCUCUGCUGGGCUUCCGCGACCUGGUCCUGCUGAAGGUGAAGCCGGGCGACUUGCUGCUGGCCCGGUCCCAGCCGCCCUCAUCCAUUGUCCAGAUGUUGCUCGUCCUGCAGAGUGUUCACGAGCCCACAGGCCCAAGUGAGGGUUAUUUGCAGCUGGAGGAACUGGUGAAGCAAGUGGUGUCUCCAUUCCUCGGCAUCAGUGAGGACCGCGGUGUCUCGGGUCCCGCGUUUAUGUUGGCGAGACGCCACUCCAGGGUCCGGCCCAAGGUGGCUGUCCUGAACUACGCCUCCCCAACGACCACCGUCAGCCGGCCGCCGAAUGAGACGGCUCUGACCCCUCUGACGGAGCAAGAGGGGGAGGCCUACCUGGAGAAGUGUGGCAGCGUCCGAAGGCACACGGUGGCCAACGCCCACUCAGACAUCCAGCUGCUGGCCAUGACCACCAUGAUGCACUCAGGCUUAGGCGAGGAGCCUGGCGGUGAGGACAAGUGCCUGCUCCUGCCGCCCAGCUUCUCCCCACCCCACCGACAGUGCUCCAGUGAGCCCAACAUCACCGACAGCCCUGAUGAGCUGGAGGAGGUGACAGGGGGCAGCCAGGGGGACUCUGAGCUGAACUGUGCUUCCCUCGGCUGAAUGCCCGCCUCUGGGACUUCCCAGCUCCGGCCUGGUCACCAACACGAGGACCGCCCCAUCCCCAGGGGCUCACCAAGGGGCUCUUCCCGCGGGUGACACUGCCCGUGUCAGGCCUAGCCCAAGUGCCCUAGUGGAAAUCCCGGGUGUGAACCUCUCUGUUUUUGUGACUGCGACCAUCUCUUUGCAGCCACACAGACCCAACUGCCUAAUGUUCCCUUUCUGCUUGCCUGACUCCAGACCCCCCCUCUCUGGGCUUUUCCCCCAGAUAGUGGACUGUCCGACGCUCCCAAUGAUGUGGCCCAGGGCCCCUCUGGCGUUAUGAUAGCAGGAGGUCGGCUGAGCCACACACAAAGCCAGCAAGGAUGCGUCGGCCUCUGGAGUUCCCCGUUAGGUUCUUGUGAUGCGGGGCUCACAGGUGAGAACAGGUAGUGGAGGGGUGUCCUUCCCGCCUAUUCUGUGGGGAGUGGAAGGAGGCAGCAGCCCGACCAAGCACGACUCUGGGAGUGUACCUUCCUUAUUUUAGUUUCACAAUUACUGGAAAGAGUUGCCCCCCUCACGCGGGUGAGGGCCAUUCUCACCCGGAUCCAGAUCCUACCUGCCACCUUUGCCUUUUGGCCCAGGAGGGCUACGGGGCUGGGGAAGUCCCCUCUUUGACAAAGCCUCAGCGUUUCCCUCUCAGGCCUCCCCACCAAGCUCGAGGAACUAACCUCCUGGGUGGAGUAGCUGGUGCCUUCAUUCCUCUUUCAUUUCAGACACUGACCAUUUUCCUGUUGUGGGUGAGGGGCCAGCUGAUAACCAACCAAUUAGUCUGUUCCUGGAUUUGACUUGAAUUUUGUAAAUAUGCAUCGUUUCAAAAGGAAGUGUUUGCAAAUAUUUGCACGUAGGAUCUUGCACUGCUCAUUUCCAGUGGGGUGUGUCCUCAAACUAGAAAAUCGCCCCCCCUAGGAAAGGAGCCUGGAAGUUGUUCAGGGCGCAGGGGAUCCGUGGUGGGCAGGGCUCAUCAGCUGCUGAGUGCCGGAAGCCACUGGACUUGAAUCCAGAACGGCCUGUGUUUGCGAGUGUCACGGUUGACAGCACUGAGGCUGGGAGCCUCACUUUGCCCCGUGAGCAGAGGGUGGCAGCAAAUGGAAUGUCUCAAUGCUUCACCGUAGAGGGAGAUGGGGGAAAUGUGGGCAGGACCUUUUGGAGAGAUGUUCAUUCCCUGUGAUUAAAGAAAUGCCAGAAGUGCCUGGAAUUUCUAACAUCUGAGCUCUCAAAAUGCUCUUUGGGGCAGCAGGCUUUGGUACUGUGCUGAAUCCUUAACACUGCUCCCCCAGGUCUGGGCUUUUGAUCCACCUAGAACCCCUGUUCUUCUCUUUGUAUCUGCCUGUCGGCCUCACUGAUAACACAUCCGGAAAAGCGAGGAGGAUCCCCUGGACCCUUCUGGCACACCCUUUAGGUGUGCUGUUGGUCUUUGGAAACUGUUUAUGAAAUCUCAGAGACAGGAGCCAGCUUGGCCUCCAAUACGGCAGGAGGAGGCUGGGAGAGGACAAGGACAGUGUAAGCUGCCAGCAGGGGAAGAGGCCUAAGCACGUCGAAGCCUCGAUGGCACAUCCCUUCUGGGUGAAGACCUGGAACGUGACCAGAGUCAUGCCUUUUUGAUGGCUUCUGAUUUGGAAACUUUAAGAAGUUGUCUCAUUUCUAUCCUUCUAAGAGAGGGUGGAAGAGAAGUGUCCAAAGGAGGUCUUCUGAGAAUUUCAAACAAAAAAUUGUCUCUGUGUAUGUGUUGGAUAAAGUCCACAAAUUGACUAACGUGCGUUAGCAAAUAGAACGUCAGUAAGUAACGACAUGAUGAUUUAUUUAACUGAUGGUGUGUGUCCUUACUGGUACACUUGGCACUUGGGACUAGUAUUUAUUGAUCCAGGCAAGGUAAUUAAUCAGGCUUGGGUUUGCUUUUUAGUUUACAACGUUCAAGAUCUAUAUGCUUUUAAAUGCCUUGUCCGUAUACUAAAUGCCCCUGAUGAGGACAGCAGUCAUCGGUUAAACAUGUCAGCUCUUAGGAUGAGAAUGGGAGUGUCAGUCCAGACCCACUGUACUUGCUUGCUGAUGACUGUUAGCCAGUUUACAACUUCACCUUCGAUGUACCUGCCUGAUCUCGUACUGUAAAUAUUUCAGACUACACACACCAUUUUGUUGAUGCUUAUGGGCAUUUUAGCCAUCUGAGCUACGGCAAGAGUGAUGGCUGCAGUGUUUGCAACCCCUUUUUUGCCCCUUUAGAAGAUGAAGCUAGAAUCUUCCAGUGGCUGAGUUCUAAUGACAGGAAGCUAACACGACUCGGAGCUCUGAGUGAGCUCACAAACCAAAAACCUUUCAUGUUGCCUGUUUCCAAAAUAGAUUCAAUAAACGUCAUUUUGUACACGUC